AUGACUCGUCCUCCGAACGUCCUCGUAACUGGUACCCCUGGCACAGGCAAAACCUCCAUGUGCCAACAACUUGCAGAACGAUCACAGCUCUUGGCACACGUGAACGUCGGCGACUUGGUCAAAGAGCGUGGACUCCAUAGCGGCCGUGACGAAGAAUUCGACUGUUUUGUGCUGGACGAGGACAAAGUGUGUGACGAGAUGGAGGACCUGAUGGCCGAAGGGGGCAAAGUGGUGGACUUUCACACGUGUGACUUUUUCCCCGAGCGCUGGUUCGACCUGGUUGUUGUGCUGCGCGUGGACAACACGACGCUGUUUGACCGGCUGCAGAAGCGCGGGUACUCGAGCAAGAAAGUGGCGGAAAACGUCGAGUGCGAGAUCAUGCAAGUGGUGCUGCAAGACGCUCGUGAGAGUUAUGCACCAGAGAUUGUGCAGGAGCUGUCGAGUCGGACGGUCGAAGACAUGGAGAGCAACGUCGAGCGCGUGCUCACGUGGGUGCAGCAUUGGAUCGCGCAGCACAAUGAUGCGUAG